AUGGCGGCCUCAGCCUUGCUCAAAAGCCGGUGUCGACGAGCUUCGUACCUAAACAAACUCGCAAAGGCAGAGGACCUCAUCGACCUGUUCCCGCAUGGCUCAUACAUCGGCUGGUCAGGCUUUACAGGAGUAGGAUAUCCCAAAAAAGUCCCGACGGCCUUGGCCGACCAUGUCGAGAAGAAUGGACUCGAGGGAAAGCUCAAGUACAACCUGUUUGUGGGAGCGUCGUCCGGAGCAGAGACCGAGAACCGAUGGGCCCGACUCAACAUGAUCGAACGACGAGCUCCUCACCAGGUCGGCAAGGAGAUCGCCAGGGGCAUCAACAACGGCAACAUCAAAUUCUUCGACAAGCAUCUCAGCAUGUUCCCUGUGGACUUGAUGUACGGGUACUAUACCAUGCACAAGGAGAACAAUCGACUCGACGUCGCCAUUGUCGAGGCAUCCGCCAUCACCGAGGACGGCGGAAUCAUACCCGGCGCCAGUGUCGGGGCAUCUCCUGAGAUCAUCCAGAUGGCCGACAAGAUCAUCAUCGAAGUCAACACGGCCGCUCCCAGUUUCGAGGGACUGCACGACAUCACAAUGACGGACCUGCCGCCACGAAGAAAGCCAUACCUGAUCAUGGCGCCCGAGGACCGCAUCGGUACGCCACAUAUCCCCGUCGACCCGGAGCGGGUGGUCGCCAUUGUCGAAUCCGACUACCCCGACCAGACCAGCGAAAAUGCACCCGAGGACGACACGUCGCGAGCCAUUGCGUCCAACCUGAUCGAGUUCCUCCAACACGAGGUCAAGCAUGGUCGACUGCCCGCGAACCUGCUCCCCAUCCAGUCCGGUAUUGGAAACAUCGCCAACGCCGUGAUCGGCGGCCUGGCCAAGGGCGGGGCCAACUUCAAGAACCUCAAGGUGUGGACUGAGGUGUUGCAGGAUUCGUUCCUGGACCUCUUCGACAGCGGGAAUCUGGACUUUGCAACUGCCACGUCUAUCCGAUUCUCGCCGGGCGGGUUCAAGCGGUUCUACGAUGGGUGGGAACAAUACCACAACAAGGUUCUGCUCCGAUCUCAACAAGUGUCCAACUCUCCUGAGAUCAUCCGACGCUUGGGCGUGAUUGGAAUGAACACGCCGGUCGAGGUCGACAUCUACGCUCACGCGAACAGCACCUGCGUCAUGGGAUCCCGUAUGCUCAACGGCCUCGGUGGCUCGGCCGAUUUCCUGCGCUCGUCCAAAUACUCGAUCAUGCACACGCCCAGCUCGCGGCCCACCAAGACCGACCCUACGGGCAUCACCUGCAUCGUGCCAAUGUGUACGCACGUCGAUCAGACCGAACACGAUUUGGAUGUCGUGGUUACCGAAGUCGGCUUGGCCGAUGUUCGAGGACUGUCUCCACGCGAGAGAGCCCGAGUCAUCAUCAAGAACUGUGCACACCCUGAGUACAGACCGAUUCUGGAGGAUUACUUCGACAAGGCAGAAUUUGAGUGCCUGAGGAAAGGAAUGGGUCACGAGCCUCAUCUGCUCUUCCAGGCGUUUGACAUGCACAAGAACUUGGUGGAGAAUGGCACCAUGAAGAUUAGCGGGUGGAAAUGA